AUCAAAUCAGUUUUUUGGAAUAACAACAUAGUUCGAUAGUUCAGCGAAAUUGAAUAAAUAGUUGGCAUUCCAGUUGUUGUUGUUGUUGGAGUGUGUGUGCGUGUGUUUUUUGUUGUUGCUGUGAAAUGUAAUUGGAAAUUGUAAUCAUUUAAAUGCAAAUUAAUUUAGUGAAGUGAAGUCCUUCUCAAGCCACAGCUCACAAUUCCCAACGCAAAGGGUGUUGGAAGUAUUCCAAACCAUCGCGCCAUGAGAGAUGACAUGGCGGAAUACUUCAAAUCACCCCGUUUUGAAGCUCAAAUGGGCAAUGGCUCUGUAUUGGAUAGAGUCACCCCGGACAUGGCCCAUUUGGUGAAUCCCUAUUGGGGACGUUUUCCACCCAUGCCCUCGGCAACGAGUCAACUCUUUGGCAUUUUUACCGCUGCAAUUAUGGUUGUGUCAUGUUGUGGCAAUGGUGUGGUGGUCUACAUUUUCGGUGGCACCAAAUCCCUGCGUACCCCAGCCAACUUACUUGUCCUCAAUUUGGCCUUUUCCGAUUUUUGUAUGAUGCUCUCCCAGUCACCGGUUAUGAUCAUUAAUUUCUAUUUCGAAACAUGGAUUUUGGGUCCGCUGUGGUGUGACAUCUAUGCCAUAUGUGGUUCGAUGUUUGGUUGUGUCUCGAUAUGGUCGAUGUGUAUGAUAGCCCUGGAUCGUUACAAUGUGAUUGUGAAGGGAGUCUCGGGGCGGCCGAUGACGGUGAAAUUGGCCUUGGUAAAAAUAACCUUUAUUUGGAUGUUUGCAACAUUUUGGACCCUCAUGCCGCUGCUGGGGUGGAGUGCGUACGUCCCCGAAGGGAAUUUAACAGCCUGCAGCAUUGAUUACAUGACACGAGACUGGAAUCCACGUUCCUACUUGAUCUCAUACUCCUUGCUGGUCUACUACACACCCCUAUUCCUGAUUUGCUACUCCUAUUGGUUUAUCAUUGCUGCAGUCUCUGCCCAUGAAAAGGCCAUGCGUGAACAAGCCAAGAAAAUGAAUGUAAAAUCGCUACGCUCCUCCGAAGAUUGUGAAAAAAGUGCCGAAGCUAAAUUGGCCAAAGUGGCAUUGACAACGAUAUCGCUAUGGUUUUUGGCAUGGACUCCGUAUUUAAUUAUCUGUUAUCAUGGACUAUUUAAAAUCGAUGGUCUAACACCAACAACAACCAUUUUGGGUGCAACAUUUGCCAAAACCAGUGCUGUCUACAAUCCCAUUGUCUAUGGGUUGAGUCAUCCCAAAUAUCGUCUCGUUCUCAAGGAGAAAUGUCCGAUGUGUGUUUUUGGCUCGACAGAGGAACCCAAACCGGACAGUGAUACCCAGACCACCUCACAGGCAGAAUCCCAGGCUUAGACAAACCAAAAAUGUGAUGAACUAUGCUUACGAACAAAACAAAACAAAGAAUAAAGAGAAAUGAUAAAAAUGCAACGCCAAUAAAAAUGGCCAAAAAUUAAAAAAAAAAAAAACGUGGAAUAGAAAAAAUUUAGAAAAUAUGUAAAAAGUGACGAAAAAAAAAAAUAAAACGAAAGGUAUUGUAUUUUAAUAAAAAUUAAUGUUAUGGCAUACAAGAAAAA